AUGGGUGGCAUCCUUCACCUGGUCGAGGACCGGCCAACUCCUCCUUCAGUCUACAACUGGCGUGUCUACGUGCUUGCCCUUGUGGCAUCAUGCGGUUCCAAUAUGAUCGGUUAUACCAGUGCCUUCAUCGGUACAACAGUGACACUCACCUCCUUCCGAAAAGAAUUCGGUCUUGACCAGAUGUCGACGGCUGCAAGCGACUUGAUAAGCGAAAAUAUCGUGUCUCUGUUCAUUGCCGGCGCCUUCUUCGGCGCCCUUUUCACAUACGGCCUCAGCCACUGGAUCGGUCGCAAGCAUUGCUUGAUGAUAGCUUCUGCUACAUUUGCUCUGGGAUCCGGUCUGCAGUGUGGUGCCAACCACAAUCGCGGACUGGGCAUUCUCUACGCUGGUCGUGUCUUGACUGGUCUGGGUACAGGUGUUGCCUCCAACAUUGUCCCAAUCUACCUCUCCGAGCUGGCUCCUCCCGCUAUUCGUGGACGACUUGUCGGUCUCUACGAGCUUGGGUGGCAAAUUGGUGGUAUGCUUGGUUUCUGGAUUAACUAUGGCGUGGAACAACACAUCGAGCCUAGCAAAGAGCAAUGGAUUAUUCCCUUUGCCAUUCAAUUGAUCCCGUCUGGUCUUCUGUUCCUCGGAUCUCUCUGGAUCCGGGAGUCGCCUCGUUGGCUUUUCCUCCAUGAUCGUCGGGCUCAGGCCAUGAAGAACCUCUGCUGGAUUCGUCAACUGGAUGCCACCGACAUUUACGUUACCGAGGAGGUCGCUGCUAUCGACCAAGCCUAUGAGAACCAGCGCGCCACCGUCGGCUUCGGCUUCUGGAAGCCGUUUAAGGCUCUCGGAGAUCGCCCCAACCUGAUUUGGCGAUUGUUCCUGGGCUGUAUGCUCUUCUUCUGGCAGAAUGGCUCCGGUAUCAAUGCCAUUAACUACUAUUCCCCCACUAUCUUCUCUAGCAUUGGUGUCCAAGAUAACACUGUAAACCUCCUGACCGGUGUCUUCGGUGUGGUUAAGGCCGUGAUGACGUUCAUCUGGCUGCUCUUCCUUGUCGAUCAGUUCGGUCGGCGGAACCUUCUUCUGGUCGGUGGUAUCACCGGCUCCGUCUGCAUGUGGGCCAUUGGAGCUUAUAUCUAUGUGGUUGAGCCGCAAGAGCACCCCACAGACCACCUUAAUGGUGGCGGUAUCGCUGCCAUCUUCUUCUUCUAUCUGUGGACCGCUGUCUACACUCCCACCUGGAACGGUACCCCUUGGGUCAUCAACUCUGAAUUCUUCGACCCCAACUUCCGUUCCCUGGCUCAGGCUUGCACAACUGCCAGCAACUGGCUCUUCAACUUCCUCAUUUCUCGUUUCACCGAGCAGAUGUUUGAGGCUAUGGGCUACGGCGUGUACUUCUUUUUCGCAGCUCUAUCCUUCCUUGCCUUCUUCUUCGCCUUUUUCCUCAUUCCCGAGACCAGCGGUAUCCCCCUGGAGAAGGUCGAUCGCCUGUUCGAGCAGAAGCCGGUCUGGAAGGCAAACAAGAAGCUCAAGGAAGAGCUCAAGGAGGAGGAAGAACAGUUUCGCUUCGACAUCAAGGACCAGGCUGUUCACCAGGAGAACAAGGACGAAGAAUCUGCAUGA